ACUGGCGUGGAAAAGCCGUGGAAUUUGGGGAGAUUUGGGGCCUGAAAAGGCACACAGCGUCGCAUAAAAAAGCUCGGGUUCAGGCGGCGCUUGUGAGUCUAGCAGUUCAUUUCUGGUGCCAUUUGGUCGUCGUUGAAGACUGUCGCAUCGACGACGCCACCCAGUCAGCCAAUUGCAGUCCCGUUCCCAAGGACGCUAUGCUCAUCGAUCGAAAAGCUUCUGCAAUACCAGCAAUAGCGGUUCCAGCGCCCUCACCCGCCCAGUCCGACACAGUGGUACUUGAUCCAAGCACCAAAAACGAGGAUAUUGAACGUACCUCAGAGUCUGCUAGUGUCUUGCCACUAGAUCCUUUCCAUCUUCGUGACGCUCUAAAGUCUGAGAAGCAACUACUCGAGCUACGAGAGCAUAAGAAUGGGAAGAAGCUACAAAAUUACUAUGCUCGGCAAAAUAAUUUGAUCGUCUCUCUACUAAAAUCAAUGGAAGAACAUACCAGUGAAGCAAGAGACGAGGAGGACGCUGCGCGUCUCCCUGUCAAAAUCGCCAUAUGGGCCAGUCUAAUAGCCAAUUUAAUUCUCUGCGUACUCCAAAUGUAUGCCGCAAUAUCGGCUUUAUCAUUAAGUCUUCUCGCGACGGGUAUCGACUCUGUUUUCGACAUUGGAUCCAACAUCCUAUUGCUAUGGCUAAAUAGAAAAGCAGAGUCAUUAGACGUCAAAAGGUGGCCGGUAGGGGGAGCGAGACUAGAGACUAUAGGGAAUAUUGUAUACGGAUUCUUAAUGAGCUCCGUUAAUCUCGUCGUCAUCGUAGAGUCUGUGCGAGAUCUCGUUACCCAUACCAAUGGUUCAGUGAAAAACUUCCAUUUGCCCUCCAUCCUCGCUGUGGCUUCGGCCCUGUUCGUCAAAUUUGCCCUAUUCUUAUAUUGCUUCUCUCUCCGCAAAAACUCCAGUCAAGUACAUGUUCUCUGGGAGGAUCAUCGGAACGAUCUAUGGAUCAAUGGUUUUGGUAUUUUAAUGUCGACCGGCGGAAGUAAACUUCGAUGGUUUCUCGACCCAAUGGGAGCUGUCAUUAUCGCCCUCGGAGUCAUCAUGGCAUGGGGAAAGACCAUCUACGGUCAAUUCGAGCUGUUGGCUGGAAAAUCUGCUCCACAUGGCGUGUUACAACUCUUGACCUACAAGUCGUUGACUUUUAGCGAGGAGAUUGAACGGAUCGAUACCGUGCGGGCUUACCAUAGUGGACCGGAUUUUUUCGUAGAAGUGGACAUCGUUAUGGACCCCAAAACUCCUCUUUGGAAGGCUCACGAUAUAAGCGAACACUUACAAAGCAAGAUUGAAGCUCUGCCACAAAUUGAACGUGCGUUCGUCCAUGUCGACUAUGAGACUUCGCAUCAACCCGAGCAUCGAAAAACGUAGUAUGGGUUUUCUGUAUCAGAAAACUAUCGACGCAUGUUAGAGAAGGUGCUCACCUCAGGCUACAAAUUUGUACAAUACAUGCGCAUUUCGUGCAUAUCAGUCUCGAUUUCAUGCUCGACGCGUCCCAAGACUUACGCACGUAAUCGUGUUAUCUGCCCAUUCAUCCAUCUUUCUCGGCAACUCCAUUCUCCACCUCCUUCUGCAAUAGUCCUCGGAUUUUAUCUGGUCUAUAUAUUCAAGGUCACCGUCG